UAUCUUUUUUAUCCACAAGUGAAUAUCGUAGAAAUUGUCUUCUGCUACAUAGAUAUAGAUAUUUUUUAACAUAAAAAAAAAAUAACGUGUCUUAACCAACAAUGGCUACAACUAAAAACAUGGAAUGCAUUGAUUUUUUGGAAUUCCAGGAUUCAUUGAAAAAAAUGCGACAAAUGGACGAUAAAAUAAUAUACUUAUUGAAUACAAUUUUACCAACUGAUUCAUUUAGAGGACAAGUGGAUCCAACAAAUCAGUGUAAAAAUUUAUUUCAACAAAUACAAACGGAACAUUCACAACGUGAAAUAGCAAUAAAAAAGUGUCUAGACAUUUCACGUGAAAGAGUGAAAAAUUUAAAAUCACAAAAAGAUGCAGCGGCACAAGAUGAUAUAACAAUAUUGAAACAAUUAAGAAAAGAACAAAGUACAUUACGUUUACUUGAAUCAGAAUUAAGUGUUGAGGAAGUUGUUAAAAAACGUACAAUUUCUGCUUAUAAUGAAAAGUGUCGUAGUUAUUAUAAACCUAAUUUACAAUCAUGAAACAAACUUAAUUCAUUAUUUUAUGACAUUAAGAAUGGAUCAAAUGAUUAUUGUUUUAGAAUAUAUUAUAAUGCCCGGACUAAUUGACGAACAAGUAAUGACAAUUUAAUGAAUUAUACAUACAUUUAUCUGUUAUAUGUAUAAGUAAUUGUGUUCUCUUUUUUCCAAUAUUUUAUUGAUAUGAUUUGUUUAGAAAAUUAUAUAUAUUAUAUAUACUUUAUUUGAAAA